CUAGCCGGGUGCAUAUUCAAGGCGAGGGCUGCCCUGCUGGUGUAUAUGAUCCUGCGAUAUUGUCCUGUACUGCUUUCUGUAACGCAGCUGGCUGGCUGCUGCUGCCCGCUCCUCUUCCUAUACACUGAGGUUGAGGUUCCGUGGGUGCUGUCGGAAAGGGACACGCGAAAUAGCUGAACCUGUCCGACCAUACGCGUGCUUAAACCUUAAUGAGAAUAGCGCGGGCUCGGCCCGGGACUGGGUCGAGUGAAGUACAGCCGUGCCGUUUGGAUUUAUAUUAGAAACGAACAAGACAGAGUCUGUCACUUCUACAUUGUUCUGCGACUGGAUUCCAUUCAAUACUGUUGUCUUCAGUUAGUUAGGCUUUCUGCAGCUGAGGAGCCAUUAGGUGUGUCGCUGUCCCUUUAUAAACGCCCUCCGGCCGGCGCAGCAUAUCUCAAAACGGAUCUGUGUUACUGGAUUCCAUUAGCGAGCAUGCAGGAAGUAAAAUCUACUUCCAAACACACACUCGGGACCCUGUAAUAAAGAGGCUGGUUUAUGUCUGCAGCUGAAACGCUGUUGCUCGGGUUGCAUUAGGAAUGUAUUCUGCGGCGUGGGACGGCUGCAAAACGGAAUAGCGACGCGAUAAAGAGACACGAGGCUGAAACUAAGACAAGGCGGGCGGUGUGUUUUCUGUUCAAAGAAGAGUUUGCCAAAAAAACAAACCCUGGAAGCCUGGCUGCCGGCUGUCUGUGGCCGAUUUCGAUUAAAUCUCGUUUUGGGGAAACUAAGAUAAGACGCCGAGCCCGUCAUCCCGGAUCUGCCUCGCCGCUGAGCCGGAGCUGGAGUUUGUUGUUUUUACAGAGAGGAUAGCUGACACUGCCAACAGGAAACAGAGAGGAGAAACCCAGUCAAGCGCGAAUCGCGCUGUCACCAACCAGCACCCCUCUCUCCGUGUCUCCCUCUCCCAGCGCACCUUCACCAGCCCGGGGAGGGACCACGCCAUGACUCGCGGAGGAGGAGCGAGAAACGCCAGCGACCUGCUUUAUUUCAGCGCAGAGAGUUUGUUUUAAUUAAACUAGAGAGAGAUCGGCCGCUUCUCCAGGCUGCAGUGCGGAUCCUGUGAACGAGUAAAACUGCAAGGACCGGUUUGGGAUUGCGGAGUCAGCCCCGGAAUGAGAGGGCGUGCCGCCGCCAGGGUCUGGUUGCUCUGGUGAACAUGGUGUCCUCAGAGUCCCACCCUGAAUCCUGCAGCCUGAUUGGCUGUGUGGGCUGGGCAGGGUGUCGCAGGCUCCUCUUCCUGUUUCUCACCGGCGUGUGCAUCAGCUUCCUGUUCCCAGCCACAGACGCACUUCCCAGUCCCUCCCAGUGCCAGCCCAGUCCAGCCCUGCAGGGUGUGUCAGUGAGUGCUGGCGCGUGGCUCCCCCUGUCAGCUGGGAGGAGGUAUGGCAGUUUGAAGCAGUGCAGCCAGGCUUGCUGUGAGAGGGCAGGGUGCAAUGCUGCCUGGAGCCUGCGGGGGCGCUGUGUCAUGUUGGCCUGUGUGAGCCGUGGGCGGUGCCAGACUCACAGCACCGGGGAGCCUGAUUCGCUGCUGGUGUUUGUGACACACCCCGAAGUGGGGGGGCAAGUGCAGACAGAGGAUUUUGAUUGGCUGCAGGAGUUCCGGAACCGCAGGAAGGGGAGUGGCCUGCCUGGUCGCCAUGGAGAUUCAUGGCUGGGGUCAGGAGAUGAGAGGGGGAUGAGGAGACGGAGAGGGGUGAGAGCGAGGGAGGAGCAGAGGAGGGAGAGAGAGGUGAAGACUGAGCCACAGACCCACACAGACCCCCCAACCAACAAAGAGGGACCCUCCAGCAAUGAACAGCUUGUUUCCAUGGGAACCGCUGCCCCAGACCCCACCCACAUGUUGACCGUCUCCAAUCCUGUGGCCCUCAGCCUGACGGCCAAUAGAAAGGAUGGGAAGCUUUCCAAUGACAGCGCAGUGGAGGCCCCGCCCCCCACAGGACAGAACCCCACUCCCACCACAGUGACCAUCACCAUGACAACCGCCAGUAACACAAGCACGACCUCCGAGAUGUCAAUCAAGCCCACAUCCCUGGCCAGCACAGCCCCCCGAGCUACCACACAACCAGGUGUGCGGGAGCUGGUGGUCUCGGCUGGGAACAGUGUGGAGGUGACCCUGCCCAUGAGCGAGGUGGAGCUCAAUGCCUUCGUGCUGCCAGAGCCCCCCAAAGGCUCCAGCUACAAGUUUGAGUGGCGGCUCAUCACUCACCCAAAGGAUUACAGUGGAGAGAUGGAGGGCAAGCACUCGCAGACUCUCAAACUGAGCAAGCUCACGCAGGGUCUGUAUGAUUUCGAGGUGCUGGUGGACGGGGAAGGGGCUCACGGGCAGGGCUUCGUCAACGUCACCGUUAAGCCAGAGCCCCGAGUGAACCAGCCCCCCGUGGCUGUGGUCUCGCCCCGGUUCCAGGAGAUCUCUCUGCCCACCAGCUCCACUGUCAUCGAUGGCAGCCAGAGCACUGAUGAUGACCAUGUGGUCUCCUAUCACUGGGAGGAGGUGAAGGGACCCCUGCGAGAGGAGAAGGUUUCUGCAGACACCCCCAUCCUCAAACUGGCCAACCUGGUCCCAGGGAACUACACCUUCAGCCUCACAGUGGUCGACUCUGAUGGAGCCCGUGACUCCACGCUGGCCUCUCUCUCCGUGUUAAAGGCUGUGGAUUACCCCCCCGUGGCGAACGCUGGUCCCAAUCAGGUGAUCACGCUGCCGCAGAACUCCAUCACGCUGUUCGGGAACCAGAGCACCGAUGACCACGGGCCCGUCAGCUACGAGUGGUCACUCAGCCCGCAGAGCAAGGACAAGGUGGUGGAGAUGCAGGGUGUGCGCACCUCCACUCUGCAGCUCUCGGCAAUGCAGGAGGGCGAUUACACCUACCAGCUGACCGUCACCGACUCGGCCAACCAGCAAGACACUGCCGAGGUGACCGUGAUCGUGCAGCCGGAGAAUAACAAGCCCCCCCACGCGGACGCGGGGCCGGAGAAGGAGCUCACCCUGCCCGUGGACAGCACCACGCUGGACGGGAGCAAGAGCAGCGAUGACCAGAAGAUCGCAUCGUACCGCUGGGAGAAAACCAGCGGUCCGGACGGAGUGAAGAUCGAGAACGCAGACAGCGCCGUCGCCACGGUGACGGGGCUGCAGGUGGGCGUGUACGAGUUCACACUGAGCGUGCGAGACGAGAGGAACCUGGCGAGCAGCGACACUGUGAGCGUCAUCGUGAAAGAGGAGUUGAAUCAGCCCCCUGUGGCUCGGAUUUCCGGGAACGUGCAGCUCACCCUCCCCCUGAACAUGGCCGCUCUCGACGGGUCAAAAUCCUCAGACGACAAGGGAGUGGUGACCUACCAGUGGAGCCGGGACGAGGGGAGCCCCGCCGCGGGGGAUGUUCUGAACCAGUCGGACCGGCAGCCCGUGCUGCUGCUCACUAACCUGGUGGAGGGAACCUACAUCUUCAACCUGCGGGUCAGCGACGCCAAGGGGGAGAGCAGCACUGCCAGGGGCACUGUGGAGGUCAGACCGGACCCGCAGCGCAGUGACCUGGUGGAGAUGCUGCUGGCUGUGGGGGUGAGUCAGGUGAGCGAGAGGCAGAAGGGCAUGCUGGUCCGGCAGAUCGCAGUGCUGCUGAGAGUACUGGACAGCGACAUCGUGGUGCAGGAAAUCCAGGAGUACACUGAGCAGAGCACUCGCAUGGUGUUCUUCGUGCGCUCGGGACCGAGGCGCCCCCUGCUGCGAGGGCAGGAUAUCGCCAUGGAGCUGCGCAGCAAACUGCGCAAACAGAAAGCAGACUUCCUGAUCUUCAGAGCGCUGCAGAUCAACACUGUCACCUGUCAGCUGAACUGCUCCCAGCACGGGUCCUGUGACUCCCUCACGAAGCGCUGUGUGUGCCACCCCUUCUGGAUGGAGAACUUCAUCCGAGUGCAGCUGGGAGACGGGGAGAGCAACUGUGACUGGAGCGUUCUGUACGUCACGAUCGCCUCCUUCCUGAUGCUGGUUGCCGUGGGGAUCCUGUCCUGGGGGCUCGUGUGCUGCUGCCGCCGGAGGAAGGGGAAGCCCAAGAGGAAGAGCAGGUACAAGAUCCUGGAGGGGACUGACGAUCAGGAGAGCCUGGAGCUGAAACCCGCUGCCAAAGGAGGUGUCCGACUCAAGCCCCCGGUGCACCCCCACUCCAGCCUCCUCCGCUCCGAGUCCGAGGGGGACAGUGAGGACGCCCUCUUCACCUGGCCGGAUCGAGAGAAGGGCAAACUGCUGAGACACCAGAACGGGUCGGUGCGCAACGGACAUGGGCCCAACAGAACCAGGAAACAGAGCUGCGAAGAGCUGCUAUAGCACAGGGCACCCUAACCCUGCACCCUGCACCCCCCCCCCCCACACACACACACACACACACACACACACACACACACAAACACACACACGCACACGGAGAGGGGAAACAGAGCCACGAGCAGCUGCUAAAGGGCUCCCUGCACCCUACACACACAGGGGAGCUGCUAUAGCCCCUGUACCCCCCACCCCACACACACUGCAGGAGUACCUCCCCUCCCCUCCCCCCUCUCCCCUCUCCAGAGAACUGUGAAACUGCAUCUGAGCAGACAGAGCUGGCUUUAGAGCAGACCUUUGCUACAGUCUACCUGCGUCUCAGUGUGUGUGUGUGUGUGUGUGUGUGUGUGUGUGUGUGUGUGUGUGUGUGUGUGUGUGUGUGUGUGUGUGUGUGUGUGUGUGUGUGUGUGUGUGUGUGUGUGUGUGUGUGUGUGUGUGUGUGUCUCUGUCCCUGUCUCUCUCUCUGUCCCUGUCUCUCCUCCUCUCACCGUGUCUCCUCCAGACCCUGCUCCCCCCCCCCCCUCCUCCUCGCUUCUGUAAAUCCGGGUUCAUUUUUCUGUAUUUCUUUUCUUGGUUAUGUAUUGUUUUAUAGAUGUAGUCUUUUUUAAUUAUUUAUUUUUCUGUGAUCAGGAGCUUGAAUUAAUUCAUUAUUAUGAUUCACUGUUUCCGUGGUUAUUGUGGUUAGAAUUUCUGUGUUUCGUCCGUCUGAAUGUAGUUUGAAUCCUUGGUGAUGUAUUUAGUGAACCCAGAAGAGAGGGACCCAGGACCCUAUCUAUAGACAGAGAGAGAACAGGACCCUGUCUAGACACACACAGAGAUAGAGAGAGAACAGGACCCUGUCUAUAGACACACAGAGAGAGAGAGAGAACAGGAUCCUGUCUAUAGACACAGAGAGAGAGAGAGAGAGAGAGAACAUGACCCUGUCUAUAGCCAGAAUCUGAGAGGGGAACCGAUAGGGAGAGAGCCACUCUGGCCAGCAGCGUGCAAAGAGUGGGAGGGCGGAGGGCGGGUCUGUGUCUUGUGCGCCAGUGUGAGUGAGCUGUGCAAUCCCGAGCCAGUAUUAUACCCCAGUCUCCCGGAGCUGAAGGUAUUAUAGUGACAGCGCCCCGUGCUGGGAGGAGACAGGCUCUCUCUGUCUCUCUGUCUCUCUGUCUCUCUGUCUGUCUGUCUGUCUGUCUUGCUAGGCCCAGGUCUGGAGCUCCUGAUGAUAAAACUGGAAAUUGAGGGCCCCCCUUCGCUUGUUAAUGAACACUGGAGAUGUAGUUUUGUGUGGUGAAGACACUUGAAUAUACUGGGACCCCCCACUCACUGAACUCUGAGCACUUUACUUUCUCAAGGUGUGUAACCCGAGGCUCAAAAAGAAAUUUAAACUAAAUAAUAACACCUUUCAUACAUUCUCUAUGCAACAACCCGGUCCUCUCCCUCGCUUUCUCUCUCCCUCUCGCUCUCUCUCUCGCUCUCGCUCUCCCUCCCUCCCUCCCUCCCUCCCCCUCAUUGCUCUGAACGGGUGCCAGUGACUAUGUUUCAGUGCCAAAACCCAGGCAACUCCUACAGAGCAAGCUGCAAGGCCAGCUGGAUCUCGGAUGUCAUCAGGGAGAAUCAGGGAUCCAGGAUAUGAAGGGUUAAAACACUCAGCGAGGCGGGGGAGAGGGGACCCGAGAAUGUCGCUCUCUCGCUCGAGAGGGAGACUCGAACCCUCUGAAUGUCAUGCUGCUUGUCUGAUUCACUGGACAGUUUUAAAGAAGCUGUGAUUCAGGCAGGCGCUUCACUGUGGUUUUGUUUGAAGGAGAAGCCCGUGGAGCUCCUGUCUCUCGUUUGCACUCCGCACGCCUCGUGCUUACAGCAGGGGGGUGUUAAUCAGAAGGGAUGGGUUUUAAUUUGCGGGGCUGGAGGAGCGGAGUGCUGGGUUUGUUUUUGGUUGGUUUGUUUUUUAAAUGAAGAUUUUUCUUUCGUGAAUUGUUUUACUGUGAUUCGAUCAGGUCUGGAAACUACUGCUUUCAAAUCGUAUUUUCUGUGAAUAAAAAUGAUUAUUUCCGGUU